UGUAAUAUACUAUUAAUAUUUUCCAUUAAUCAAGAGAUAUCAUGCCACCAGAUCUUAUUUUAUACUAGAUUACCCUAUACCCUAUAUACAUGUCAUGCUAAGUAUACAACAAAUACAUUUACAUAUUUAAGUACUUAAAAAUACCCUGCAGUUGUACUUUUGGCAUAGUAUUAAACUGGUAUAGGCUACUUAAAGUCUGCUAAAUUAGAACAACUCAUUUUAAUUCACUUGUGGAAGUAGUGCUGAAGUCCAACUAAAGAUAUAGUGAAGUAUAUUUGAUUGUGCUAAAGUGGAACUAUUGCAAGUAUACUUCAGGUAGAGUUUAACUGCAUUUAAAGACCAUUUAGACCAAUAUCAUGCAAUCCUCAUCAAUAGUGACAUUUUAUUGACACAUUUUAGGCUUAAUAUUAAGAAAUGUGCAUUGUGCACAAGUAGUACUCCAAAUAAAGUUUUAUUAUAAUUAGUAAGUCUCCAGCAACAUGUCAAUGAAUAUGUUAAAAGAUUUGAACUAUACUUAAUACAGUAUAUUACUUUUUUACUAGGGUAGUGAUGUGCUUUUUCCCCAAAACAUUACAAUCUCUGUUUACUUUAAAAGUAGAACUUACUUUUUUGAAGAACGAAAAAUUAAGUAGGCUAUAUGAAUAAAAAUAAUUAUCAUAUUAACAUUAUGUUAUAAAUUUCAGAAUAUGCUGAUUGUUAUAUAAUUUGAAAUUAUAUAUAUUUUACAUUUUAUUUUAUUAUAUAUUAUAUUAAAAAAAAAAGAAAUGUGUUGGCUGCAUGACCACACACGACUUAAAUCAUAAAAUAAAAUAAAACAAAACACAAUUUUGAAACAGUAGCCUAUUAAACACUUUAGAAAGCUCCAAAUAUAUUUUAAAAUGGCACAAAAUUAUAGGUCAAAAACUAUAAACAGUUAAUUUGAAAAUUAACCGCAAAAAUGCUUUUAAACAAUGUAAAUAUGCAAUAAUCUUUAGAUAACUUUAUUUAAUGUAUUUGUCUGCAUGCAAGUGAACACUGCAGUGGUAAAUCAAAAUGAUUUAAAUGGGUAAAAAAUAGUUUUGGACCUCUAGGGUAGAGUUUAAUUUUCUUUUUAGAAAGCUCACAGACUAGAAUAUUCAAUGCAUUCCAGAAAAGACCAGAUAGAUAGAUAGAUAGAUAGAUAGAUAGAUAGAUAGAUAGCGCACCUCUGCAUCGGGCCUGUGUGUGAAGGCUCAUAAUAGCCUGCAGUCAUAACACUGGUCAGUGAUGAUUUACGCCUGAACGCACUGCUGUUAAUAUGACAGUAAUGAGCUCAUCUCAGCGAUCUCAGGUUAGACGUUUGAGCCAAAGAUCGGUGCUCAGGAAUCAGCCGCACAUAUCCACGAUUAGCGACACUGACCCAGAGCGACUCACAUUAGAGAUAAGAGCACAGAGGGAGCAGGACAGGUCAGGAGGAUCGGGGGCGGAGUCUCCUCAUUGUUUCCCGCAGAUAAAUGAUUGCGUUCAUAAUUUAAAAAUCAUCACUCAGAGCAUCCAUAUGAGGACUCGCUUCAAGACACCGACUCAGCCGAGAGGAUUUUAUAUGCCUGAGAUUAAAAUGGGACCAGAGGAAAGCGCGCGUUUUCUGAGCAGCAUCAGCACCUCUCGAACCGUGCCUGCAGGAGCUGUGCUCGGUCCAUGUGCUGCGACACACACCUCCCUCUGUGACAGCGUCGCGUUCAUCGCCUGCAAGUGCGCGGACAGACGAAAGACCGCCUAUUUGCUGCAGAUGGACCCAUCAGUGUCCAGCAAAUGUCUGCAGAUGAUUCAGUCAGCCAGGAAUGCAGAGGAGCAAAAUCUAGAGGCGUAUAUGAAGAACGGACAUCUGUUUUUCAGAGCCAUAAAGGAUAUUCCUGAAAACACUGAGCUUUUAGUUUGGUAUGGGAGAGAUCUAGCCAAACUGCUUGGCCUCAGCACAGAGCAAAAGAACACAAAAGGUUUAAUGUGCUCUGAAUGCAAACAGAGUUUUCUCUUUCAAUUCCCUCUGUUGGCACACAAGCGAUUUUUCUGCAUAAAGAAACCUACAAGUUUCUUGAAGAAAAUCACCAUCCCAGAAAUUCGAAGUAGCAAACCUGCCACAAACUUCCACAAUUUAGCACGAGAUCUGGAGAACUGCAGGAAAAAUCGUCCCACAGAUGCAAAGAGCCCUAAAAGAAGAUGUUCUCUUGAAUCAGACACAGACGAGAGUGAUGGCGAACCGUCAUCUUUUGACACCCGUGGAGACGAAAAGGUAUUAGUGAAAAGGUUUUGUGUUAAUGGAGCGAAUAGAUGUUCCUGGUCAUCCUCCAGUGAAAAGUCUUUCAGCGAGGGCCAAAAUUCUCCAUGCAGCCAACCACAAUGCCAUGACAGCUGCACAACAGACCCAGACAACCAGGAUUUGAAGUCUAGUACAAUAGUGACCAAGUCUGCGUUCACCACUAGAGUGUCAAACGAUGUUCAAGGUGACAAGAACAAGAAAAGCGCGUUCACGCAACCACCUCCUCAUAUCCCGCUGAUGUCAACCAGUCUUACCAACAACCGGACAUCUAUCCUCCCCAGCAUUCUCCCACUCAGCUUCCACAGCUCCGCUUUACUAAACACAGAUCUUCCAAAAAUUUGGCUCUUCUUCCCAGUGCAAACCUUUGGCCCAAGGUCUCCCAUCUGCUGCAUCCACACACUAAUCGUCUGCAGUCGCUACUGACCCCCUCUCUGUCUUCUCUUGGGAUACCUAUCCAGAACUGGUGCGCUAAAUGUAACAUUUCUUUCCAUAUGACAUCGGACCUGGUGCAACACAUGAGGUCCCACCACAAGAGAGCGCUGUCAGAUGAGAGACAGUCGAGGCCCAGGGACGAGAGGCUGAAGUGUCCGAUAUGUAACGAAAAAUUCAGAGAGCGUCAUCACCUAUCACGUCACAUGACCUCUCAUACAUAAGCUUAUAUAUAUAUAUAAAAAAGAUAUUGUCUUUCAAAUGUUUCUCCAACAUUUCCUAGAACUAGAUCUAAAUAAGCAUUUUAAGUAAAAAAAAAAAAAAUAGUAAUGUAUGUCAUUCUCAAAUUUCAUUGUAAUUCUCAUAAACAUUGUUAUAUAUUUUUACAUUAGUCAAUGCCAAUGCCAUCAUCAGGAAAUGUGGAGAGGCAUCACUUUCUAAACAUAAAAGUUAGUGUUUAAGAUUUAGAUUUAUUAGGUAUUUCUUCUAUGUUAAAUAAGUGUUUGAGAAGGCUUAUUCAGGUAUUGUAUUUUUUUUUUGUAUUGUUUUUUAUAUGAC